AUUUUUUAACUAAAAUUAACUGCUUUAUAUAUUUUUAGUUAAAUUGACUAUUUAAAAUAUUGGACUUAGUAAUUUGUACACAUUAUUAUCAAAUGGGUCAAAGCUGUACAUAUCGUUUUCACUUAUGUUAUGCACAUUUCAAGUGUUAAUCAUUGUAUUAUAAAAAGUGUAAUAAGAAGUUGUUUAUUGUUAUAUAGUUUCAUUACAUUACAAGCAAGCUUUUGAUUUUAAUAUUAUAAGAAUUUGUUUUUUUUUAAUUAUGGUUGAAAAAGUAAUUGUCGUUACAGGUUUUGGACCUUUUAGACAAUAUAAAGUAAAUUCUAGUUGGGAAAUUGCCAAAUGUUUAUUUGAUACAGGUAUUGAAAACGAAUUAAAUUGUAAAUUAAUCAAAAUUGAAGUGCCUGUAUCCUAUAAGGAUGUUGAUGAAAUAAUUCCAAAAUUAUGGACUGAAUAUAAACCUACGUUGAUGGUUCAUCUGGGUGUUUCUUGUUUUGCUAAAACACUUACAGUUGAAACAACUGCCCAUGGUCAUGAUUAUUUAAAAGAAGAUAUCAAUGGAAUUUGUCCAGAUAGUAGAUGUCUUGCUAAUGACAGUAAAUUAGAAACAUGUCUUAGUAUUGACUGUCUAAAAGACUAUGAUAUUUGUGUUUCUCAAGAUGCUGGAAGGUAUUUGUGUGAAUAUAUUUAUCAUAAAUCAUUGACUAUCAAUAAAAACCAAACAAUUUUUAUACAUGUACCAGAAUUAAGUGAAGACAAUACUGCACAAAAAUUGGCAAAACAUCUUAAGUUAAUCAUUGCUAAAUUACUUGAACAAUUAAAUUGAAAAUCAUAUUGACUUAAUUUGUACUCCAAUGUACUACCAAAGAUAUAUUGUUGUUAUUUUAUAAAAAUUUUUACUAGUUUUUUUUAUUUCUAUUCUUAACUUAAAGUAAUUAAAUAUUAAUUUAGCUUUCCUUUACUACCAUCAUUACCAAUCCUAUAGGUGUCAAUUCAAAGUCCAUUUAUGGAAGGGCAGUUAAUGGGAAGUAGAACAAAAUAUUGCAAAAUUCAAACAAAAUAUUUCAUUAUCAAUAAAUUGAUAGUUUAUUUGUGUGAUAACUCUUCUCUAGAUCUACGCUUGUAACUUUAUUGCAUAGAGUUA